UCCAUAUUUUAAAAAUAUUAAAGAAAAAUUAAAAGAAAAUGGAAUGAUUCUCAAAAAUGAAUUAAAAAUUAUAUUGCACUUAUGUCAGACUUCAUCUGAUGUGGAACUAGCCAAAGAAGUUAUUUACAGGUACUUGUAACAAUCCAGGUACCACGAACAGAAUGGAAUUACAAACUUAAAUGGUUUUAAAUUUGGGCCCCUCUUUAUGAGGCUAUGUUAUGAGCUAGACCUUGAAACACCUGCAGUAGAACUUAUCAAAGAUCAGAAUUUGCAUGGUUUUUUCUCAGACAGUACAUCGUUCCAUAUUUUGAUGACUAUGUUGUUUAAAAAGGGUCGUUACAAAAGUGCUUUGGAAGUCCUCGUAGAAAUGAAAAAACAAGGAAUACCUUUCAACAAAGAAACCUAUUUACUGGCAUUUGCAAUAUGCUACAAACUGGGCAACCUGGAGUCUUACAAAAUCUCUGCAAAACUGCUUGAAGAAGCGCAGCUAAAAGGUGACACAUUACCACUGCGAGCAUUCUACUUUGCUGUGGCAUCUGCUCUGAAGCAGGAUGAUGUAGCACAAGCCCAAUUUUAUUGUUCUCAGAUAAGGAAAACAGAGAAUAAACUAUACAGUAACUUUAAAGUUCUUGUCCAGCUCAGAUCUGGUUUGCUAGGAGAAGUAAUAAAGACUUUUGAGGCAGCAAUGGAUGUAGAUACCCCUCCUUUUGUGAAAAAAAUUGAAUUUUCUGAGCAAGUGAUGGCCAUAGCCAGGGAAAAGAUGGAAACAAAUCCUGACUUUUCUGCCAAAUUAAGAGAUAUUUAUACCAAACUACAAGCUUCAGGACGGAUAACCACAUGCACACUGGAGGACAUGCUUUUCCAGAUUCCUAGUUCAAAGAAGAUGCCGGCAAAACUUUUAAGUCAAAAACAGUUGGGUUAUCAGGCUGCUAAACUGCUUCGGUCAAAUCUAUUGUUGGAAUAGUUCAAUAUUUAUUGGUAAACUGAACUAAAGUCACCUAGAAGCAUAUUUGAAUAAAAUGUGUUCUCCCCUUCUCCACUAUUGGAAAUUGUA